AUGCAAGUGAACACAGCCAACUGGAUCUUCGUCUUCGGUAUUGUGGUCGCCACCUGCGUGUUGUCCUUUGCUGUCCUGCUAUUCGCGAGCUUCCGCUUCGUCAGACGCCAACUGGACGUCACAUAUCGCGCCAAGCGCCGCAAUUUAAUGCAGUAUUACCGCUAUUUACUGAUAUUUGCAGGCCAUUGGGUGGCCUGUGCCGCGCUGUAUUACGCAGCAUAUCUCCAAGAAUUCGAUGGUAAAAUGGCGAAGCAUUUCGAGCUCGCCUUCGCGUUGGUGUUUGGAUCGUACCCGGUGCUGUUGCUCAUUGUAUGGAUUCUCAACACGGAGCUGUACCAGAAUUUCUCGAGCGAGAAUAACCUCUCGAAAUCUGAGCGAGGAGCUGGAGACUCGACGAGUACAGAGCAUUUCAGUGCCGCUUUGCGUAAAGAUCUCAUGCGAUACACGACUGCAGGGAUCCGUUGCAGCAUCUGCGAGUCACCUGCAGACAGCUUACGUUCGCCGCUGCUGAGUUUGGCUCGGGAUCGCUUCGGCUCACUUGAUCGCACUGCCGCGCUGUCAUUUUUACAGAUGGAAGAGGGGGAUUCAGCCGGUCUGUACCACGAGAAGAAACGCUUGGCGACUACAGUGUACAACGGCGAGUACCGGUAUUAUGAGAAGCUGGGCUUUACUGAUUAUGCUCCGAAAGUGUUCCAGAACAUCCGUGAAAUCUGUGGAAUCGACAACGAAAUGUACGAGCAAUCGUUCGCUGAUACUCUACUGGAGCGUGCGUCGGAGGGCAAGUCUGGGAUGUUGUUCUACUUUACGAGCGACCGCAAGUAUCUGGUCAAGACGAUGACGAAGAGAGAGCACUCGUUCCUACUUGAGGUGCUCCCAUUGUUCCACCAGUAUAUUCUGAAACAGCCGAACUCGCUCUUGUGUCGCUUCCUAGGCUGCCACUCGAUGCAGCUUCCCGUAGGCUGGAACAAGAUGUUUUUCGUCGUGAUGGAGAAUAUCUUUCCCGAUGGUCCGGUUGACGAGCGUUACGAUCUUAAGGGUAUUUUCCACCAGUCGAAUUUCCGAUACCAAGAAGGCAUCCCAACACCAGUGUCAAGCGAGUGGAGCCGAAGUGGCAGAGAAGAAGGGAUUACUCAGGAGGAAGAAGAAGGAAUGUCGAGCGAGAGCCAAAGUGUGGACAGUGAAUUGGGGCAGGUUACAGAGAAGCAGCCACUGCUGCGUCGAGGCAGCUCGCGUCCUUCGCUCCGAUACGACAACGACUUUGUAAUACGCCGUGCCUCUCUUUGUGUGAAUCCAACGACCCGUGCGAACCUGCUCGCUCAGGUCACCGGCGACUGUGGAUUUCUCCAGGAGCUGGGAAUUAUGGACUAUAGCUGCCUGCUCGGCAUUCGGCAUUACAAUCGUCGUAUUGAGCCCGAUAUUAUGGACAAUCUGGCACACAACGCUGUGGUGUCGGCAGAUCAGUCCACCGUCUACUAUCUCGGGUUUGUAGACAUCUUGCAGCACUACAACAUUGGGUGGAAAAUGCAGCACUGCUUGCUGGCGGCUGUAGUCGACAAGCGACAGAUCACUGCACUUCCACCUGCUGAGUACGCGCUGCGAUUUUUGAACUUUAUCCAUGAGUAUCUGCUGCGAGAUCCAGAUGGAUCACACGUUCGCUCGUAUGGGAGCAUCGGAUACUCACCGUCCAGCUUCAUCCGAUAG